UUAUUUGUGUUGUUCUUGCUCUUCUUCGGUUGUUACGACGAGGCGUUAAAGUUCGAUGGUUUAAGAUUUCCAUCAAGCCAUUCAGUAAGAGGAGAAGAGCUUAAUAGGUGACUGAACCUCCCAGAUAAGCCUUCUACUGGAAAAGUUCCUUAGUUUCAAAGAAACAUGGAGCUAAAUAAAUCCUUUUACGACAUCUGCAGUUCAGAAUUCUGGAAUGUGCAUUUAACAUGGCAUACAGACGAUCCCGACUUUACCACAUGUUUUCAACGAACCGCAUUGAUUUGGGGACCGUGUGCCUUCUUGUGGAUAUUUUCACUACUCGAUUUGUGUUACGUUCGUAACAGCAUCAAUCGCAACAUACCAUGGACGUGUUUAAAUACAAUGAAAACCGCAUUGACCACAUCGUUGAUAUUCUUAACGUGUGCGGAUCUGCUUAUUGUCAUAGCCAAUCAGAAGGGUAGCGACGUGUAUCCGGUGGACUUUUACACGCCAGUCAUAAAGAUUGCGACGUUCUCGCUGUCUCUCAUACUCUUACAAUAUAAUCGGAAAUUUGGUAUCCGAAUAUCCGGCGUACAGUUCAUAUUUUGGCUUCUGUUGGUUCUCUGUGGCAUACCACACUUGAGAACGCUGAUACAGACGAUACAAACUCGUGACGACGUAGUGCCAUAUUACUUCAUCAGCUACAUAAUAUUCUUCGUGAUAUCGACUAUAAUUUGGUUACUGAACUGGUUCGCUGAUGCAGCCCCAGCGUCCACAAAAUAUGCCAAAUCUGCUAAACCGUGUCCUGAAUUAUCAUCCAGCUAUCCUUCGCGAUUGUUUUUUAGAUGGUUCGACCCUCUGGCAUUGUUGGGCUAUCGCAAACCAUUACAGUAUGACGACUUGUGGGACAUUAGGCCCGAAGAUUCGUCGGAGCAUGUGAUGUCUGAGUUCUUGAGAUAUUGGAACAGAACGGUCGCUAAAUGUAAACCAACAACAAGCACUGUUAAUGCAUCGUACAAACAGACACGUAACUCAGCCAGUGUGAAUAUAACGGAGAAAAAACCAAGAAAGAAAGCGUCCAUCAUGCCGGCAAUCUUCAAAGCUUUCGGAUCAGCGUUCUUAUUCGGUGUAAUUUUGCAAUUUUCACACGACGUUCUGAUGUUUGUACCGCCAGAGAUAUUGCGGUUACUCAUACAGUUUGUGGAUAGUGCACCAACUAGUUCUAAUAAUACCACUGAAGGUGAUUAUGACUCAGUCGACAACACACUCUUCGAAAACCGUCCGGAACCAUUGUGGCGCGGAAUUUUCUACGCAAUUUUACUCUUCCUUGUGGCCAUUCUACAAACGAUUCUAUCCGGUCAAUUCAACCAACGAUUGUCCGUUGUUGCGUUGAGAAUUCGUACCGCCCUUAUUGGUGUUAUUUAUCGGAAAGCAUUGGUUCUAUCGAAUUCAGCGAAAAAAGAGACUGCAACCGGUGAAAUUGUCAAUCUAAUGGCCGUCGAUGCCCAAUGCUUUAUGGACUUGUUAAUUUACGUUAAUUCGAUUUGGUCGGCACCGCUUCAAAUUAUCUUGGCGCUGUACUUUUUGUGGGGCAAUUUAGGACCUUCUGUGUUGGCUGGACUUGCUGUAAUGAUCCUAUUGUCACCGAUUAGCAAUUUCUUUAUCACCAAGUUGAAUGCACUUGAAUUUCGUCAGAGGAAGAACAAAGACGGAAGAGUCAAACUGAUGAGCGAAAUUCUUGGUGGCAUAAAGGUGCUGAAAUUGAAUGCUUGGGAGCCAAGCUUUACCGAACACAUUCUCAGUAUUCGAAACAAAGAAUUGAAGAUCUUAAAACAGUAUGCCCUUGUCUAUUCGGGCACAUCAUUCCUCUGGCUCUGUGCACCUUUCUUGGUAUCCAUCGUAACAUUUGUUACGUACAUUUACACCGGAGAUGACCAUGUCCUAACGGCAGAAAAGGCAUUCGUGUGCCUGACAUUGUUUAAUAUAAUCAAACUUCCGUUGAGUAUGCUGCCAUUGACUAUUGCUCAAAUCACACAGGCCAGAGUUUCAAUUCGUCGUAUUGAUGAGUUUUUAAAUCGUGACGAAUUGGAUCCGUCGAAUGUAUCACAUGACUCAUCUGAAGAAUCACCGCUACUUAUUGAGAAAGCAACAUUUACAUGGGGUGACGAGGAACCAAUCCUAAAGAAUAUUAAUGUUCAGGUGGAUAGGCAGAGUUUAGUGGCUGUUGUGGGUGGUGUUGGAUCAGGUAAGAGUUCGCUGCUGUCGGCAUUCUUGGGCGAAAUGGAAAAAACAGCAGGUCGAGUGAACACUGUCGGUAAAAUAGCAUACGUUUCACAACAGGCAUGGAUCCAAAAUGCAACGCUUCAAGAUAAUGUACUAUUCGGUCGACCAAUGGAUCGGAAACGUUAUAACGCCGUGAUUGCGGCGUGUGCAUUGGAAAAAGAUCUGGAAACUCUUGCUAAAGGAGACCAAACUGAAAUUGGAGAGAAGGGUAUUAACGUUUCCGGUGGACAAAAGCAGAGAAUUUCCAUUGCUCGUGCGGUGUAUGCUGACGCUGAUAUAUACUUACUGGAUGACCCUCUCAGUGCGGUAGAUUCACACGUCGGGAAACAUAUCUUCGAACAAGUCAUUGGUCCCGAUGGUUUACUGGCGAAUAAAACACGAGUUUUAGUGACGCAUGGCGUUACCUACUUGAAGCAAAUGAACAACAUAGUUGUGCUAAAAGAGGGCAGUGUAAGUGAAUCGGGUACUCUGCAAGAACUGUUGGACCAAAAAGGUGCCUUUUCCGAAUUCUUGGUUCAACAUAUCGAAACUGUGAAAGAGGAGGAGAAUUUGGAUGAAAUCCAAAAGGAAUUGGAAAGCGCCUUGAAGAAAGCCAGCAGCACUGAUUUAUUGGGUAAAAUUCAGCGGGUCAUCAGUCAUUCGAGAAGUGAAUUAAAUUCGGAGACGGCGUCUUUGAAUGGAAAUGUCUCUGAUGAGAGCAAGCAAAAGUCAUUGGCCGAAACUGUGCAACCAACUGAAGCCGAGAAUGAAACUGAAGAUGCAGAGGAGAGUACUGAAGAAGGAAGUGUUAAAUGGUCUGUGUACAAACACUACCUGAAGAGUUUUGGCAUCGGAUUCUCUCUGAUGACGGUCAUAUUGAUCAUUGUCUUCCAAGGAUUCUCGGUCGGUUCAAAUAUGUGGAUUUCGCGUUGGUCAAGUGAUAAGACAGUCGGCAAUGAUACAGCAAAACGUGAUAUGUAUAUCGCAGUGUACGCGGCUUUCGGUGUGGCACAAGCCGUUGCUGUGUUCAUAUCGACAUUGUGUCUGUUCCUCUGUGCUCUCCGGGCUGCCCGAUAUCUUCAUGACUGUUUACUACAAAGUAUUUUACGAGCUCCGACUACAACGUUCUUCGACAUCACACCAAUAGGUCGUAUACUGAACAGAUUCAGCAGCGAUAUCAAUUCCGUCGACUCGGAUCUUCCAGCUAUUUUUCAUUCGUGGGCCUUCUGUUUCUUCAGAGUGCUCGCUACAUUUGUCGUUAUCAGCAUAUCAGUGUACUGGUUCUUGGUCGUAAUCAUUCCGGUCGGAAUUUUGUAUUAUUUCGCUCAGAAAAUUUAUAUUGCUUCGUCGCGACAACUGCAACGUCUGGAAGCGACCAGUUUGUCGCCAGUCUACUCGCACUUCAGUGAGAGUAUUCAGGGGGCAUCGAGCAUAAGGGCAUUUGAUGUUAACGAGAGAUUCAUCACCGAAUCAGGUCGAAAAGUAGACUUCAAUCAGGCAUGCUAUUAUCCAAAAAUCAUCUCAGAACGAUGGUUAGCCGUGCGUCUGGAACUGAUCGGAAAUUUUAUCGUUCUCUUUGCUGCGUUAUUUGCUGUACUCAGUCGUGACACAAUCGAUCCGGGCACUGUUGGUUUGUGUAUCUUGUACGCGCUGCAAAUAACCCAAGACUUGCAUACGAUUGUGAACAUGAACUCUAUGGUUGAAAUGAGUGUUGUGUCCGUGGAACGAAUCAAGCAAUACAGUGACGUUGAACCGGAAGCACCGUGGGACAUUCCCAGUCAGGUUUUGCCGAAAGAUUGGCCAGAAGUGGGAAAAGUUCAGUUCCAGAAUUACGAUUUACGCUAUCGCAAGGGACUCAACUUAAUUUUGCGUGACAUUACAUUCACAAUCAACAGUGGCGAAAGAGUCGGCAUUGUGGGCCGAACGGGUGCUGGAAAAUCAACCCUGACAUUGGCCUUAUUCCGCAUUGUCGAAGCAGCUGGCGGUAAAAUAUUCAUCGACGGCCAGGACAUUUCGAAGUUGGGUCUGCACAGUUUACGAUCGAAAUUGACUAUUAUUCCGCAGGAUCCUGUUCUGUUUUCUGGUUCAUUGAGACUCAAUUUGGACCCAACCGGAUCCAAAACUGACACAGAGGUUUGGAAAGCACUAGAAUUGGCUAAUCUACAGACAUUCGUUCAGGGAUUGGUAGCUGGUUUGAAUCAUGAGGUAACAGAAGGUGGCGAAAAUUUAUCGGUUGGACAGAGGCAACUUGUUUGCUUAGCUCGUGCAUUACUCCGAAAGACAAAAGUAUUGAUACUAGACGAAGCCACAGCGGCUGUUGAUUUAGAAACCGACGAAUUAGUACAAAAAACCAUAAAAUCCGAGUUCAAGAAUUGCACAAUUUUAACCAUUGCCCAUCGACUGAACACCAUAUUGGAUUCCGACAAAGUCAUUGUGCUGGAUAAGGGACGAGUCAUUGAGUUCGACACGCCGAAACACUUGCUGGCUGAUUCGACAACCACGUUCCAUUCUUUGGCCAAAGAUGCGGGAAUAGUUUAACAUAAAAAUAUACUUUAGCGACAAACUAAUCAUCUCCUGUCUAACACAGAGUAAUAUCUCCGAUUUUUGUUCUAAUAAACGGUUCGACGAGAUGUUCAUCACCAUCAAAA